AUGUAAAACGAAUUGCGAUUUUGGGUGGUAGUUUCGAUCCUCCAACGAUUUCACAUCUUCAAGUAACACAAUAAUCAAUCAAUUUUUUAGUUAGCAGCUGAAACUUUGAAUGUGUACAAAUUUGAUGCUGUUUGGCUUGUUCCAUGUGGGGAUAGGAUAGAUAAGAAUGUCAGAACACAAGGAAUACAUAGAGCUUUAGAUAUAUAUUAGGUAUCGGAUAUUGAAAUCAAGAAUGGAGAAAUGAUUCCAACAUAUCAUUUGAUGAAAAAGCUAGAAGCAAGUUUUUCAGAUAAAUUCUUUUUUGUAAUAGGAUCAGAUCUUAUACCAACUUUAAACCAAUGGCAUGAAGGAGAGAAAUUAUUAUAAGAGAUAGAUUUUGUAAUCUUUAAUAGAAUUGGAUACGAAAUAAUGAAUGAUUAAGAUAAAAAACAUCUUCUGCCCAAGAAUUAUGAGUACUAAGAAAAUUAUUAAAGUCUUCUAGGAAUGAUCUCAUCAACUGAGGUGAGAAAUAGAAUAAAGAAUACUAAAUAAGAGAUAUCUGAGGGUAAUCAGUCAGAUAAUUUAUAGUUUCAUGAUGUGGCUGGGUUGAUUACAAAAGGCACACUCGAUUAUAUAAAAAGAAAUAGCUUGUAUUGA